UUGGAACUUUGCCAUCUUUGCAAUGGCAGCGCCUCUACUGGGAAACGAGAAAGAGUGGAGUCUUUGUGAAAAAUGUAAACAUUUGGUAUUUUUGCUGAAAAUCAUAGAAAUAUAGGCUUUUCAAUGGAUUCCAACUUAGAUACGCUUUGCAAGGAGAUUUUGGAAACUCCCAACACUGAGGGCUGUCUGCUGGCGAAUGGUCAGGGAUUGUGCAUCCAGGCUGGAGGAAAGGUGGCAUCUCCGGAGUCUUCAGGGAUUCUAGUGGCUCUGUCGGAGCAGGCAGCGAAGCUGGAGCCGAACAGCAACCCUCCCACAGUCAUUCUGCACUACAGCGACAUGUCGUGCUUUAUUCAAAAACAUGGCAUCACCACUGCAGUCUAUCGGAAGAACAAGUGAAGGACGUCACACUUUUGUAUAAGUAAUUCUGAGCCGCUGCAAUUUCUUCGUGGCAAAG